AUGUCGAUGGACCAUCAGAAAGCGGAUGGUACUCGGCGCGGCCAGUCUCCAUUCACCAAGGCGUCCACAGCGGAAUACGUAGCGCGGGAUGGGAGAGAUAGCGAGGAGAGUGAUGGCGUGCCGACAACGAUCAGUGCUCGCGAGGCCUAUGGCUUCGCGCUCUUCUUAUUCGCCACGCUCCUAGGUGUGCUCUGGGUCAUCUGGGCUUUGACGCCCGACAGGCUGCUCAAGGCCGCCGGCUUGGACUGGUAUCCAAAUCGGUGAGUCCUUGCUUUUUUGACUGCAGCGCAAGCUACAUACUCACACCAUGUGUGCGGACGACAAUGGUGCUCAACCCUUAGGGAGUGGGCCUUCCUACUCCCUGCUUGGAGCCUGGUCGCUGUUCUCGUCACCUACACCAUCUUCAUGUCCCUCAACUUGUACGGUAAUGGUGAUCUAGCGGACUUGUCCAAGGUCGUCGGUGAGUCCCGCUCAGGUCAUCUGACCACUCGCGUGAGGAUUGGUUCGACGAUCAUUGGUGUGCAAGUUUGGGGGGAGGCGUCGUGCUGCGAGAUGUUCAGGCGCUGAGCGAAAGCGCAUCUAAAGGAGCCUCGAUUGCCACUCAUCCUGCAGAUUCUCACAGCAACAUACACGCAGUAGCGUCUGAUCCAGCCAAUACAAUCCAGCCACUUCGGGACACGUCCAGCCUUCUGGAAACAGGAUUCAGGGCCACGAACACCCAGAGUCGCCGCAAAGAGGCUCACGAAAGAUUCACCUUCGAUGGACCCUUGGCUGGAGAUAUCUACGAUCUGCCUCCGGGACUUGUUAGCAGACUCACGCCGCGGUGGACCAAGAUAGAGCAGCGGCGAUAA